GAUGGAGAAAGGCCACACCAGGGACUCAGUGCAGUGCAGAGUGAAAGUUAAGGAGCUCAGACAAGCCUACCAGAAAACCAAAGAACCAAACGGAAAGUCUGGGGCAGGGCCGAAAACAUGCCGCUUCUACACUGAGCUGCAUGCAAUUUUAGGGGGCUGCGCCACCACUACCCCACCCCUGUCUGUGGAUUCCGAGGUGGGGGUGGUAAUCUCAGCCAUGGCUGAAGAUUCUGCAGACGGGGAAGAUGGGGAGGAGGAAGAGAAGAACGAGCUUGCAGAGAGCACACAGCACUCAGUUCUCCCCAACAGCCAGGAGCUUUUUCUCACCCAGACAGAAUUACCAUCCCAGCCCUCCCAAGCCAGUAGCCCAGACAAUGAAGCCAUGGAAGUGACCUCUGCUGCAAAUUUUUCAAGCCUCCCUACUCCAUCCCUAAGGCUAUCUCAGAUAAGGCGGAGGAAAAAAAAGAUGCGAGACGAAAUGUUCUCAGAAAUCAUGGAAGUAACCCGCAAUGAAAGAGCUCAUCUGAAUGAGUGGAAGGCCAUGGUAUCAAAUUACAGGAAAGAUGCCAGUGAACAUGAGGACAGGAGGGACCAACGUGAGGACAGGAGACAUGCUCGAGAUGAGAGGUGUAGGCAGGAAGAUCAGCGGUGGCGGGAUGCAACUCUGGGGCUGCUGUGUGAUCAAACUGACAUCCUCUGACGUCUGGUGGAGCUUCAGGAACAGCAGUAGGGUCAGAGAGUGCCACUGCAGCCCCUGUGUAACCACCCUCACCACUCACCACGUUCCAUGUCUUCCUCACCCAGACAUGUAAGAACACGUGGGGGAAGGCUUCGUGCACCCGCCCACUCCAUACCCGUGGACAGCCGAACCAAAAGGCUGUCAUUACUUUGAAAUAUUUUUAGUGGCCUUUUCCUUCCCUCCUAUCCUCCUCCCAAACCACACCCGGGAUACCUUGUCAGUUCUCUCUCUCUUUUUAUAAUGAUUUUUUAAUAAAGAAUACAUGAUUUUUAAA